AUGCUAUCGGCGGAUCGGAGGGCUAUAUAUGCUUCUCGGUUUCUAAGUCCUCCAGGCUUCAUGAAGCGUCUUAAACAACGGGGGAAGCCUCGGAAUACUGGGCCGUUCGAGAAUCCUGUGAGACGUUUUGUGCGGCUGCGAGAGAAGGCUCGAGAGUUCUCCAGGAUGCCUCCUCCGAGACGGAUACCUCUUGCGAAGGCUCCCCGAUACAGGCCGAUGAUGCUCAAGGAGGUAGAAGGCGUACCGCAGGUCUCGCCCCUUGCCCUCGAGAAACGCCUAGACUUCUUGCUCUCGGCGGCUGCUGUUAAGCAGCAACUCGCAGAGCCCCUGAGGAUCGGCUAUACGCCCUAUGUUGUGGAGCGGUUGGCUUGGGAGAGGCAGAUGAGGGAUUUACGGAAGAUCUAUCGAGCACAGUACUUACAGAAGCUAGAUGAGGUGACUAGAGAAGAGCAGCAGAGGGAGAUAGCGUUGUACAAGGCAGAGAAACAAGAACGAUGGGAGAAGCGCCAGGCUCGUAUACAGGCUAUUAGCAUGGACCAGAAACGACGGGCGGUGUUGAAGGAUCGUCUGCGUAUAGAAGCUCGGGUUAACGAGGCGAUUGAGAUGACGAGACACUCUAAGCUUAAAGUGAAACGAAUGCUCUUCCUGCAGAAACUGCAGGACAGGGCACAAUAUAUCACAGACAAGAACUUGGAUGCUCGCCUGCCGGACUCAGAUCCCACGGAUCCUCAAGCAAAGGUGGGGAGUAUCUUACGGUUUCGUCUUGCACGGCCUUGUCUGCUCAACAGAGAUGUUAAUACUGAGCUGCUGCUGCGACAAGUUGGUGGGGCCGCCGAGUUUCCAAGGAAUCGCAACCGACGUAUUCAUCCGACCUCCAAUGUCUUCCGGGAGGCUAUGGAGCUGUCUUAUGAUGUUCUACCCGAAGAUGACGAUCUUGAAGAUGUUGAUGGUGGAGAUGACGACGAGGUUGAUAAGCCGGACGCCCUUGGUCUGACGCGAGCCCUGUCGAACCAGCAGCGAGCGGAUCUGUACUACGGCAACUUGACUGGUGACGAGAAGCUCGAAAUCAUUGAGCAUAAAAUUGGUAUGCUGCAGGAGAAGCAGAAGAGGGAAGAGGAAGCGAAGGGCAGCGCUGAUAUCCUCACCACGAAAAUGCUCGACCUCUUGACUGCUGCUAAGGUCGCGUAUUUGGAAGCACAGACAGUGAAUGAGAUGAAGAAGGGGAUAGAUAGAGAUGAUGAAGAGUGA